AUGUCUGCCCCUAACUAUUCUACUGUCAAUUAUGACAUGUUUGUGCUGAUUGGUAUCCCUGGCCUGAAGGAGCUGCACUUAUGGAUCUCCAUCCCUUUCUUCCUGAUGUACCUGGUGGCUGUGUCGGGCAAUGGCAUCCUCAUCUGUGUGGUGGCAGUGGAGCGCAGCCUUCAUGAACCCAUGUACCUCUUCCUGUCCAUGCUGGCAUUUUGGGACCUUAUUCUAUCCACAUCCACAGUACCUAAAGCCCUCAGCAUCUUCUGGUUUGAUGAUGUGGACAUCUCUUUUGGUGGCUGUGUCACCCAGCUCUUCUUUAUGCAUUUUGCCUUUGUGGUCGAAUCAGGCAUCCUGUUAGCCAUGGCCUUUGACCGUUUUGUCGCCAUCUGCUACCCCCUGAGGUAUACCACCAUUCUUAGCCACAGUGUCAUUGGCAAAAUAGGAGGUAUUGUGGUUUUCAGGAGUUUUGCAACUGUCUUCCCCAUUGUCUUCCUUGUGAAGCGUCUGCCCUUCUGCAGGACAAAUAUCAUCACCCACACAUUCUGUGAACAUAUGGGGCUGGCAAAGCUGGCCUGUGCUGAUAUCACCAUCAACAUUUGGUAUGGAAUCUCUGUGCCACUACUCAGUGUUAUGCUAGAUAUGGUGACAAUAGUCAUCUCUUAUGGGCUCAUUCUCCGGGCAGUCUUCAAACUGCCAUCACACGAUGCUCGGAUGAAAGCCCUCAGCACCUGUGGGUCCCAUGUCUGUGUCAUCCUCAUGUUCUACCUUCCAGGGAUUUUCACAGUCAUUGCUCAGCGCUUUGGUAGAAAAAUCCCCAAGCAUGUCCACAUUUUGCUUGCUAAUCUCUAUGUUCUUGUUCCCCCCAUGAUGAAUCCAAUUAUUUAUGGAGUAAAAACCAAACAGAUUCGUGAAAGAGUGGCCCUUGUGUUUUCUCCAAAAGGAAAGUGUUGCUGA